UUUUCGGGAAGGUUUCGCCUGGGAUACAAUCCAUUCACGCUUGGUUGCUGGGGCAACAUACGGCAUACAUUAUUUUCCAAUCAGUUUCCUGCCAUCGAGGCUGUAGUGGUGGAUACGACGGAGCAGCAAAAUCAACGGGAAAUAAGCGGACGAACUAAACGAGGCUCCGAUCAUACAGUUAUCUAUAUUCCUGACGCUAGUUCUGUCUCAGAUGGGCACAUCAGGAUGCGACAGAUGGUUGACGAAGAACAGUUAAUAGGCACAACACUUUCAUUGACUCAGUCCACUCACAGAAAUGCUAUGCGUGAAGGAUCCACUUGUAAUUUGCUCGAAGAUCAGGAUAAUGAAAGCGCAUCUCGACAUAGUGUGCUAUACCAUGCAGCUGUGGAGGAAUCAAUACGUUUCGCACACGCUAAUUCAUCGCAGCGAACAACAGUUGUUCAAGGGCCACUUGUGGCAGCAGCAACCGAAACGACACCAGAAACAUUAGCAGGAACAACUGGUUCCGAGAUGGUCCGUUCGAAUAGUGCGUCUGCUGCUUUGAGCUCUAAUCCGACAGCAGCAGCUGCGAAUGGUGGUUUUUUGUUUGUGGAAAAUGAGGCGGCUGUGCAUACCAUUUGCCAUUGCUUAUUUCUGUACGGUGGAAUGGAAUGUGAAUGUUCGGCUGUACAGGAUAAUCAUGUAUAA